AUGUUACCGUGUCAUUUUCUCUCCCUCACUCAACUGGCUCUUUUUGUCCAUCUAGAGAUGUAUGGACAUUCAACAGGCACGUACUUCCACUCCAGUCGAGACAAUAAAAAUGACAUAUCUGGGAUCCGGGUAUCCGUAAGUUUUAUAGGCAUAAUUAAGAGUGUCCAGCUGAGAUAUGGAUCCAAGUGGAGCAAAAUAUAUGGCGUCCAAAGUGGGCAGGCCGAGGAAUUCCUCCUGGGGCCAGAUGAAUACAUUGUAGGGAUUGUCGGCUCACACGGGAUCUAUAUCCGCCGCCUGGUUGUCUGUACCAACUUGGGGCGCUGUGCCCCAUUUGGGAAGGAAAGUGGCUACACCUUCACCUCCUCCCCGAGCGACCGUGGCAAGAUACUCACAGGAGUCUUCGGCCGGACCCAACUCCUUGGCAUCAGGGGCAUUGGUUUUAAGUGGGACUAUCCUAAAACUGUACCUCCCCCACCAAACCCUAAUAAGAAACAGAGAAAAACUGGCUGA